UGCUCACCCCCACCACACACACACACACCUUGGGACCUGGACUUUCCUUCUGGUUCUUCAUCAGCAAGUUGCCCUGGUCUGCUGCAGUUUCCAGACAGCUCUCCUGUUACCACCGGCCACAGGACCCAGGUCUGGAAGUAGCCUUAGGGAAAGGUGGGCUGCCUGUGCGGUACAUGACUGGAAAGAACCUUGUCCCAAAAGAGAGCUCUACGCAGGAGAUUGGGGAAGAGCUGAUCAACGGGGUCAUCUACUCCAUCUCCCUGCGCAAGGUCCAGCUACACCAGGGAGCCACCAAGGGCCAGCGCUGGCUAGGGUGUGAGAAUGAGUCGGCCCUGAACCUGUACGAGACCUGCAAGGUGCGCACGGUGAAGGCUGGCACUCUGGAGAAGCUGGUGGAGCACCUGGUGCCCGCCUUCCAGGGCAGUGACCUUUCCUACGUCACCGUCUUCCUGUGCACCUACAGAGCCUUCACCACCACUCAGCAGGUGCUAGACCUGCUGUUCAAAAGCAGGUACGGUAGAUGUGACGCCCUCACGGCCUCCUCUAGAUAUGGCUGCAUCCUCCCGUACUCCAGUGAGGACGGCGGACCGCAGGACCAGCUCAAAAAUGCCAUCUCCUCCAUCCUGGGCACCUGGCUGGACCAAUACUCAGAGGAUUUCUGUCAACCUCCGGACUUUCCCUGCCUCAAGCAGCUGGUGGCUUACGUACAGCUCAACAUGCCUGGUUCAGACCUGGAGCGCCGUGCUCACCUUCUCCUGGCCCAGCUGGAGGACCUGGAGCCCAGUGAGGUUGAGCCUGAGGCCCUGUCCCUAGCUCCAGUGUUGUCUCUGAAACCAGCCUCACAGCUCGAGCCAGCUCCCGAACUGCUUCUGGCACCGAGCCGAGCCGUGUCACCAGCACCGGAACCAGAGCCAGCAGCAGCCCCGGUACCAGUCCUGGCAUCCAGCCCGGUGGUGGAACCUGCUCCAGAGCCACCUUCAGAGCCUGAACCUGAGCCAUCCCUAGCCCUUGCUCCAGAGCUGGACCCCACUCUCCCGCAGACCCUCGAGCUCGAGGCAGCUCCUGCAGUAGAGCCUUCCUGGCCUUUGCCUGGAGCCACAGAGAAUGGACUGGAUGAGAAGCCUCACCUCCUGCUAUUCCCUCCUGACCUAGUGGCUGAACAGUUUACACUGAUGGACGCAGAACUUUUCAAGAAAGUUGUGCCCUACCACUGCCUGGGCUCCAUCUGGUCCCAGCGGGACAAGAAAGGCAAGGAGCAUCUCGCACCCACCAUCCGCGCCACUGUUGCCCAGUUCAACAACGUGGCCAACUGUGUCAUCACUACCUGCCUUGGGGACCAGAGUAUGAAGGCCACGGACAGGGCCCGGGUGGUGGAACACUGGAUCGAGGUGGCCAGGGAGUGCAGAGUGCUCAAGAAUUUCUCCUCCCUCUACGCCAUCCUCUCUGCUCUUCAGAGCAAUGCUAUCCACCGCCUAAAGAAGACGUGGGAAGAGGUCUCCAGGGACAGUUUUCGAGUGUUCCAGAAGCUGUCGGAGAUUUUCUCUGAUGAGAACAACUAUUCCCUGAGCAGAGAGCUACUCAUCAAGGAAGGUACCUCCAAGUUUGCCACACUGGAAAUGAACCCUCGGAGAGCCCAGAGGCGGCAGAAGGACACAGGUGUCAUCCAGGGCACUGUCCCCUACUUGGGCACAUUCCUCACUGACCUGGUGAUGCUGGACACUGCCAUGAAGGACUAUCUGUAUGGGAGACUUAUCAACUUCGAAAAGAGAAGGAAGGAGUUUGAAGUCAUCGCCCAGAUCAAGCUGCUGCAGUCGGCCUGCAACAAUUACAGCAUUGCUCCCAAGGAGCACUUCGGAGCCUGGUUCCGAGCCAUGGACCGGCUUAGUGAGGCUGAGAGCUACAACCUGUCGUGUGAGCUGGAGCCCCCAUCUGAGUCAGCCAGCAACACUCUGAGGAGCAAGAAAAGCACAGCCAUUGUCAAGCGCUGGAGCGACCGACAGGCUCCCAGCACCGAACUCAGUACCAGUAGCAGUGCCCACUCCAAGUCCUGUGACCAGCUUCGCUGCGGCCCCUACCUCGGCAGCGGGGACAUCGCCGACGCACUCAGUGUGCACUCGGCCGGUUCUUCCAGCUCUGACGUGGAAGAGAUCAACAUGAGCUUUGUCCCAGAGUCUCCUGAUGGCCAGGAAAAGAAGUUCUGGGAGUCAGCCUCCCAGUCGUCCCCAGAGACCUCCGGCAUCAGCUCAGCCUCCAGCAGCACCUCUUCCUCGUCGGCCUCCACCACGCCCGUGUCGACCACCCGCACCCACAAGCGCUCCGUCUCAGGGGUGUGCAGCUAUAGCUCCUCGCUGCCACUCUACAACCAGCAGGUGGGCGACUGCUGCAUCAUCCGGGUGAGCCUCGAUGUGGACAACGGCAACAUGUACAAGAGCAUCCUGGUAACCAGCCAGGAUAAGGCCCCAACCGUCAUCCGAAAAGCCAUGGACAAACACAACCUAGAUGAGGACGAGCCAGAGGACUACGAGCUGGUGCAGAUCAUCUCAGAGGAUCACAAGCUGAAGAUUCCAGAAAACGCCAACGUGUUCUAUGCCAUGAACUCUACUGCCAACUACGAUUUUAUCCUAAAGAAGCGGACCUUCACUAAGGGGACUAAGGUCAAGCAUGGAGCCAGCUCCACCCUCCCUCGAAUGAAGCAGAAGGGACUCAAGAUUGCCAAAGGCAUCUUCUAAGGAUGACUCCCAGGCUUCGGCUGGCUGGGGACUAAGCACUUACAGACUAGAGUGGCCCAGGCCACACAGGUACCUCUGCCCACCUGCCAGCCAAGGCUACCCCCAGACUCCAGCUCACCCUAACCUCUCCUGCUGCCGGGAUUGACCCCUGCCACUGACAGGCUGACCUGGCCUCCAGGGACACUCGCCGCCUUAGGUGCCUUCUGCUCUCUGGAACCAGAGGACUAGCUGACUUUUGCCAAGGGGUGCUGCCAACGGGCAUGGUACCCUGCCUGCCCUGGACACUGCCCUCCACACUUUCCUGACACCUCCCCCAGGUGCAGACACUGCCACCCAUGCCCCCGGAUGCUCCAGGGCAUACACACACACACACAGCAGGGCUGACGACUGCGUUCUCUCCUGUGCCCACAGGCACUGGCCUGGGACCCUCAUGGAAGUCCCUGCCUUUCUUCCCACACUCUAGCCUUUCUCAGGCUGCACCAAAGAUUCCACCUUCAGGGCCUACAGAGUGAGGGAGUCUCGCUCGCCACACGCUCCAGCCCUCCCCUGGAUCAGAAAGGGAAGCCCUCUCCUGGACCACCUGGGUGGCACCGACUCUCAUGCCACUGAAGUGCCAUUCAGCACCACUGCAUCCUGGGUUGCACAAGACUGCAUGAACGGGAGGCUGGGGGGGAGGAGAUUUUCGUGGAGGAGGAACACGGCUGAAUAUUUGUAUAAAAAGUAAAAAAGUUUACUGAUUGGGGUGGGGCAAUAUUUAUUUGUUGUAAAUAGAAAAUGCUAGACUUGAAUAUUAUAUUAAAAUCCUGUUUCUA